AUGGAGGUGGAAGGUGGAACUAUAACAGGUUUUGCCGCUCUCCAUCAGUCAUUGCCCAGGCCUGUCCAUUCAUGUUACAAGUUGCCGUUGCCUGUGGAUACUGUUCUUGCCUCCACGGACGAAUCUCACGAUGUCCUCGGAUUUACGAAGCCACCCACGGCCGGCGGAUUCUACCGAUGGACAUUGUCGUAUCCUGUUCCAGCUUUCCCGACUGAUUAA